CCGGCGAGUAGCUGGCGGUCCCGGGUGCUGCUGGUUAGUGUGCUCUGAGGGAGGGUCCGAGCCAGCCGCUGUUUUGCCGGAGGAGCCCCUCAGGCCGUGAGUCUGAGGGUCGCGUCGGGGAGGGGAGUUGGGGCUCGAGGGGCUGGGACGGAAGGCGGGGAGGUCGGAGCGGAGGCUGGCCCUGGCGGGGUUGGGGGGGGAAGUGACACGCAGGCGGUUCUGUGGGGCCGCGGGGUUGAUUCUGGGCGGGGACGGGCCAACUUGGCCAGAUCUGCUCCGUCCCCUGCUGUCCUCUUUGCCUGGGGUCCACCUGCAUUCCGCUCGGGGGUCUCGCAGCUGCUGGGCCGGAUAACAGUUUCUUGUCUGUACCGUGCGCUCCGGUUUACGAAAUGGCUCCAUGUCCUCUGUCUCGGAAGAGCCUCACAGCCCUCGGUAGUAAGCAUUAAUAAUGUCUUUCAUCUUUGAGUGGAUCUACAAUGGCUUCAGCAGUGUGCUCCAGUUCCUAGGACUGUACAAGAAAUCUGGAAAACUUGUAUUCUUAGGUUUGGAUAAUGCAGGCAAAACCACUCUUCUUCACAUGCUCAAAGAUGACAGAUUGGGCCAACAUGUUCCAACACUACAUCCGACAUCAGAAGAGCUAACAAUUGCUGGAAUGACCUUUACAACUUUUGAUCUUGGUGGGCACGAGCAAGCACGUCGGGUUUGGAAAAAUUAUCUUCCAGCAAUUAAUGGGAUUGUCUUUCUGGUGGACUGUGCAGAUCAUUCUCGCCUCGUGGAAUCCAAAGUUGAGCUUAAUGCUUUAAUGACUGAUGAAACAAUAUCCAAUGUGCCAAUCCUUAUCUUGGGUAACAAAAUUGACAGAACAGAUGCAAUCAGUGAAGAAAAACUCCGUGAGAUAUUUGGGCUUUAUGGACAGACCACAGGAAAGGGGAAUGUGACCCUGAAGGAGCUGAAUGCUCGCCCCAUGGAAGUGUUCAUGUGCAGUGUGCUCAAGAGGCAAGGUUACGGCGAGGGUUUCCGCUGGCUCUCCCAGUAUAUUGACUGAUGUUUGGACGGUGAAAAUAAAAGAGUUUUACUUCUCUGGACUGAUCCUAUUCACAGCUUCCUCAUGAACUUUUCUAAUAGAACAAGGAAAGCUCUCCAACCAUGUCUGGCGUUGAGAAGCCAAGAGUCUCUGUCAACUCUCUCAUUGCCCAGUGGUGACAUGUGCUCUUCUCCACACUGUUGGGAGGUAAUGCUGCCCCACGUGCUGGUGCAGGUCAGUAUCCUGGGACUUGGAAGCUGGCAGGAUUUGCCGGGUAAAGCUGUGUGCCAUCAUGGGGCACCUGAAAAGAAAAACACGUCUCACCACUGUGGUUGAUUCAAAAGAAAGUGAUUCUAUUUUUUAAAGAAAGUGUUGUUAAUGUAAUUGGUAUCCCUCCUAACUUUUUGAGUUCACAAUUUACUUGGUCCAGAGUUUUCUAUUCUUUUUUUUUUUUUAAACUAAUGAAUGACAUUUAGAUACUUCAUAAAAUUAUGAACAGAUAUGGAGGCCAGAGCUCAUCUGGGUGAACUUACUCCUGCUGAGUUAGCAGGUUGGUGAGAGAAGCUCCCCUGAGCUCACCUGUCUCUCUGACUGCCUUGGAGUAGGUGCCAUAACCUUGUGCACAGAGAACUAGAAAAGGGGCAGAACCCCGGCCUUGCAGUUGUGGCAGGUUUCCACUGUGGUAAGCUAGGGUCAUUCCUCAUCAAGGAAUGUGUAGCAGAUUGUUCACUGUGGAGGAGUUAAUUAUAGAAUGGGUUAUUGUUGUUAUUCUUACUCAUGAAGUUACAGAUUUCAGCCAGUCUUUGCUUUUAUACUUUUGUGAAAUUUAAUUUCUCUCUAUAGCACCUUCCUUUUUCGUUUUCAGUUAUCAAAAGUGACUUUGACCUCAUAAAAGAGUUGAGAACAUCUCUCAUGUCACAUACUGCAGGUGCGUCAGUUACUUUUGCACAGAUUCUAGGGGGAUGUUUUUCUGAAUAGGAAGACAGGAUAAAGUUAACAGCUUAAGGGCUCUUAAUUCUGUGAGUUGAGGACUUAAAAGUAUUGUAGCAUUUGUUUGGAUCCAUGAAAAAUGUAUUCAGUGGGCUUUAAAAUUUCCAUUUGCAGAAUUUGGUCUCUCAGGCUGUUUCUGAGCUCUUUUUCUUACAUUUUUUCUCCUUUGACACCUAUUUUAUUGGUGUUUAAAGUAAAGGUUAACAUCUGUAGCUUUUCCAGGUUUUUUUUUUUUUUUUUGGUAUGAAAUUGUCUUUCUCCGUUGCAGAAAUAAGCUGGGGAAACACUAACCCAAAAACUUUCUGUAGAGCUGUUCCUUUGGAGGCAGCAUCACUUAUUGGCAGUAAAGACUCAGUAUAAAAGCACCAGCAUCCCUACUUGGGUGAUGGGGAUUAAUUUUAUAGCAUUCCAUUUUCCUAGUGCCACAUGUGAAAUUGGAUUUUGAUGAUCUUAAUCUAUAUUCUACCCUUACAGUAAAAGAUCAAAAGAUAUAUCUCCUAUGAACAGAUUGGAGAUAGGAGAUGAAAAGUUGGGAGGAUGUCUUUAUUCUAAUAUGAGGGUAGGGAAAAUGUGGAUAACAUUACUGGGGUGAGGGAGGCAUUGUUCUUUAGUUGGAGUUCUCAUUCUUAUUCUCCAGUACUGACUUGUGGGGAAAGCAUACUUUUUCACUGCCAGGUACUGAAUGCAGAGGCUCAGUGAAGUAUAUAUGUGGGAAGUGCAUGCAUUUCGUUUAUUAGCAAACAUAGCUGGAUUAAGACAAAAUUGUUGGUUUGGAAAGGGGUUAAAGCCUUAAGUGAACAAAUCUAGCUAACAGUGAAUGAACUAGGUAAUAUAACUUGCAUAUUUUUAAUUUCCUUUGGUUAAAGGUCCGCCAUACUUCUCUAUUCGGAGACAUGAGAAGUAUGAUUACUUCAGUGUUAGUUUUCUUAAUUUUUUUUUCCCCUAUUUGUCCCUUGUCACUUUGUUGCAAGCUAGAAAUCUGUGGGUUAUACAUAGGGCAGCUCUUUGUGAAAGUGGUUUAUUCCACUGGAGAAAGGGGAUUGAAAAUCAGUUAGAACCAAUGUAUUUCUUGCCCCACGGAACACUAUUCCUAUAAGAUAGCUGAAAGAAGCUGCUGUGAGGAGCUCAGCUCCAAACACAGGAUCAGCACCUUGUAUAGGAAUUCCCAUGAAUUAUGACUUCUCAUUCUGUUUUAUCAGAGUGCAUAUAUGUCCUAUUUCAGGAAAAGUAAAACAGUCAUUUACGAAAGAAAGUCAAUCUGUAUCCUAAGCAUUUUAAUAAAAAGUUAAAACACA